CAGGAAAGGGACGUGACUCACACAUCGCUGUCAGUCUUCCUCCGAAGCACGGUCAUCAGUAGCAAAAACCGAGUCCCGCGAGUGAGAGCGUAUAGUUUGUUCCGUUGUCUGUCCGUUCGAUGCGUCGUCGCCGUCGUUGUCGUGUUGUGCCCUCUUCUCGUUGCUAGUUCCUCGGGGGAAAUCGGUUCCGUUUUUCCCUGCUUUUUUGUUCGUUUAGGACGCGCCCCUACUGUGCCGCAAGUAUCGCAAAAGUGUUCAACAAGUGUCAACGCGUCCCACGCGAGUGCACUUCGGAAGCCAGAUUUCUUUACAUGGGCUCAGGGCCACUUUUGAAAAUCGACGAAAAAGUGAGAGAAAAUUUUGUAGGUGUCUGCCCCAGUGCUGUGUGGUGUGGCGCUGAUUCAAAGUGAGUUUUUGGAGAAGACGAAAAAGAAGAAGCAGACACGAGAGAAGGCGAUCAAGUGAAAGAAGAGUGAAUAAAAAUGGGUUGUGCUGUGAGUCGAGAUAAGGAAGCCAUCGAACGUUCGAAAAAUAUUGACCGUGCCCUACGUGCCGAUGGAGAACGGGCGGCCAGCGAGGUGAAGCUGCUUCUGCUAGGAGCUGGCGAAUCUGGCAAAUCAACCAUUGUCAAACAGAUGAAAAUUAUCCACGAAACGGGCUACUCACAGGAAGAAUGCGAACAGUACCGACCGGUGGUGUACAGCAACACAAUUCAGAGCCUGAUGGCAAUCAUCCGAGCGAUGGGUCAGCUGAGGAUUGACUUUGCCGACGCCAGUAAGACAGACAUUGCCCGCCAGUUCUUCACAUACGCUUCGGCCACCGAGGAAGGCGAACUGACGCCCGAACUGGUAUCGCUCAUGAAAAAACUCUGGACCGAUCUGGGAGUGCAGAUGUGCUUCUCGCGAUCACGCGAAUAUCAGCUGAAUGAUUCCGCUGCAUACUACCUGAACUCGUUGGACCGGAUCUCACAGCCAAACUAUAUCCCCACUCAGCAGGAUGUGCUGCGGACACGAGUCAAGACGACCGGUAUCGUCGAAACGCACUUUAGUUUUAAGGGUAUACACUUCAAAAUGUUUGACGUGGGUGGUCAGCGAUCGGAGCGAAAGAAAUGGAUACACUGUUUUGAGGGAGUAACGGCAAUAAUUUUCUGCGUUGCCCUGUCAGGGUACGAUCUAGUGCUAGCAGAAGACGAAGAGAUGAACAGAAUGAUUGAAUCGAUGAAACUGUUCGAUUCGAUAUGCAACUCGAAGUGGUUCGUGGACACUUCCAUUAUACUGUUUUUGAACAAGAAGGAUCUGUUCGAGGAGAAGAUCACCCGAUCACCGCUCACAAUAUGCUUCCCCGAAUAUAGUGGAUCAAACACCUACGAGGAAGCCUCCAGCUACAUCCGAAUGAAGUUCGAAAACCUGAACAAACGAAAAGACCAGAAGGAAAUAUACACCCACCUGACUUGUGCGACCGAUACGAGCAACAUUCAGUUCGUGUUCGAUGCUGUAUCGGACGUGAUCAUCAAAAAUAACCUCAAGGACUGUGGACUGUUCUAGGCAGCACAAUUUGUAAGGACUAGCAUUAAACAAAAAUACACAGCCACACACACGUACGCACACAUCCAUACCCGUUUAACAUGAACAAGAUUCCCAACAGUGCCCAAUGCACUCUAAUUCGAAUCUAUAUUACUCUUCUCCUCCCCCACAAGGUCAAGCAAUCGGUGAACCUCAACCGCUGAGCGAAAAGCGUAAAAGUCGUGUUAUAUUUUGUACGUGCGAGCAAAUAUGUUCUGCUGGUAUUUGUUUGAACGAUGCGGAAUGUGUCGUUCAGUGUACUAUUAGAAUCGCAGUGUCAAAAUGUUGCAAUCAUCUUGUCGAUGCUCUUAACCCGGGCUUUUUCUAUGAAAGAUCGUGUCAAAAAUAUUGUUGGCCCUGCCAGGUCCUACCUAGCUACAAAUGCUAUUGCUAGACAAAAGUAACAAAACAAUGGCGCACAUUUUAGGACAUGAAGAAAACACGCUUAUGUUAAUAACUACUUUUAACUAUUACUCUUAAUAUGAAGCUAAAAAUGAAAAUCUUAAAGAGAAACUUUUAAACAAGUCUAUUAUCAGAAAAAAAAAAAAGUAACAGUAUAUGUUUAUAAAAAAACUAAUCAUGAUCAAAAGUGAAAUCCAUGAUAAACGAAACCAGUAAAUAUAUUUUUUAUAUUUUAUAGGAAAAUAUAUGAAAUUCAUUGUACGUUGUUCAAUUAACGAAAUAAAUUGUGUCCGCCUUGUUACUGAGAGUGAAAUGUGUAACUGCUACUAAAUCUAGAGAUGGAUGAUUCUUCUCCUAAUGAGGAGCAAAAGCAAACGAAACUAAGUGAAAAAAUUAAAAUAAUAUUUAUACCUUACUGUUAGAUGUUAUCUAAGCAUAUAAGAGACGAAUUUAAAAGGCAAGGCUCUCGCCAUACAUCUCACCAUCAUAAAUUUCCGCGACAAUAGAACAUAGGACUACAUCGGUCAGAUUCAAAACACAUGGGUAGCUAUUUAUUAUUAUAAUUAUUUUUAGAGUGUAUCAAAUUUCACUCCUCAAUACUUUAGCCGCUUUGCCGAACGGAAAAAAAUAUUCUGCUUCAAGCAACUAAACAUCUCCAAAGUCUCUCAUUCCAAUAAAACAUUUCAACUACUACUGCUACUAUUUUAAUUUAGUUAUUUAGACAAAACGGUUUACCUUAAUAAGAGUAACAAUCAAAGCUUUUUUCCAUGAACUAGUUUCAAAAUUGAUAUCGUUGCAAAUCUAGAGCAAAUCUUGAAAUCCUCUCCUAAGACUGAACUCUUUCCUAACCAAAACCCUUGCGUUCUACUGGCACUACCAGUGUUUCAAAAACCACUCCAAUCAGCAGAGGUUGAUAAAACCAUAAUUUGACAAAUCAUUAAAAUCCAUGGUUUCAUCACUCAUGGUUUUUUGGCUCCUGAGGAGUGAAAACCACCAAGGAGUGAAAACAGGUUACUAGAUUAUAAUUGCAGCAUACAGUUUAAAAGCCCGAGCUCAAUUUAGAUUUUUAAUUUUCAUUUUAUCAAGCACAAAAGCAAAACAGAUCCUUGGUACAGUUCAUGGCGAAACCUUCUUUUCGAGAGACCUCGAAGGCUAGUAUUCAAUGGUUACGUACUAGGCUAGGCUUAGGCCAUUACAGUAAUAAAUAGUACACCUGUUUUGCAUCCUUCCACUAUGCAUUUGAAUUUUUGGAUUUCAUCACUUCAGCAGAAACUGUUUGGACGGACAAUCAUCGGUCCUUAUUUUUUCAAAGAGGGAGAGACCAUCGACAACACACGCUACUGUUGGAAUUAAGCGCACUUUGUCUGUCCAGAAAUGCAUAAAGAAGGUCUGAAAAACUUCUAUUUUCAACAAGACAGGGCACCUUACCACACCGCAAUCAAGUUCUUACAGAGCAAAUUCCCAGGACGCGUUGUCUCAAAAAUAGUGAUUUGGAAUGCCCUCCUCGUUCUCCGGAUUUAACGACGUCAGACUUUUUCUGUGGGGUUAUUUGAAAAGUGAAGUGUAUUCUAGCUAACCUAAGUAUCUUGACGAACCUAAAGCUAAUAUACGAGCUGAAAUUGCGGCGAUUAAGCCUGAAACGCUGUCCAUUGUCAUGCAAAAUGCCCGCAAAAGAGCUGCUUUUUGUGUUUCAAAUGGGGGUGGUUAUUUACUCGACGUUGUAUUCUAAACCUGGUUUAUAAUAAAUGGGAUAAAAUAUCCUAAAAAAACUUGUUUACUUGUGAAAACGGCUAAAAAAAGGCGGAGUUGUUCAAUGUUGAAAAAGAAUACAUCCAGCUGGCGCACCCUGUACAAUCUGCUGGGAUAAUUGAGAUAUUAAACAUACAAAUCUUGAAGCCCUACUAGCAAAGUUUGAAAUUAAAUUCGGUCUAUAAGCGGCGCCAGAAGAAGAAUCAAAAACCGGAGUGGACAAGAGGAGCCAAAACCAGGAGUGAAAACCAAAGAGUCAAAACCAACUUGGAUUGCUUUGAUUUUUUUACUCACUCCUAGAAACGUGCAUAACAAUGAUUGGUUUCCACCGCUCCUUUGGAAACAGGCUCCUUGCUGUGAAAAGUGUGGUUUAUAUGAAACACUGGGCACUACUGAUAGUUUUUAAUUGGUUUUUUUUUAGAAGACAGUGACAAAUAAUUUCGAUUCUAUUUUAACGAUGAUUCAUGCGAAUAUAAAUGCGGUAUAAUAUUCCACUUCACUAGCUGACUAUUAGGAAACAUUCACAAAUUUGACCAUACCUAUAAUUGAAUUUAUUGCAGACAAAGAAAUGUGUGAUGAUGGUUCUCCCUUUGGAGGACAGGGAAAAAUUUCUGCAAAAUUUUAGCAUGGUGAAAUUUGUGAAUAUCAUAGACACCGUUGCACUCGAAAAGUGACGCAUGCUUCGGGGACGUUGAUCCGUGAAUAGGUCUAUCACAAAAAAAAACAAGACAAAUCGAAUUCUCUGUCAAAUUACUAUAUAACGAACGCAUAAACAAAAAUACAAAUCAUUCACUGAAAGCGGAAAUGGUAAAUUAUUUCUUACUUCCGACUCCGAAUACACACCUAAUAUAAAUAUAUUUUUGAGCGUAUAAAGGAAGUAAAAUCAUGUUGACAUGUAUUCUACAUUGAGUGUAUAAGGAAGUACGAGUAAAACAGUUGGCCAGCAGUGAAACCUAUCCGCACAAAUACAAAGCAAAGCAAAACUAUAGAAUAAACAAUGGGAUUAGAAAUCAGCCCUCCUGUUAUAAUGAAAUGUGUAUUUUAUAUGGAUGUUUUUUGCUUAUACGUGGAACAGAACUCGGGACACCAUAGCCCCAAACACUCAGAAGUUUAUUUUCCACAAAAUCGAAAUCAAUUUGUUCCCGCAUUAUUUCUCCCCUUUGCUCGUCUGAAUAAAGGCAGGAUAUCAUGUUUUGAUAAGACAUAUAUUUAA